UAUUCGUUCUAGAAGCUUUGAACACCUGCAGAACCGUCCAGGCACGGAUCCGCCGACGCGCGUGUGGGUCGUGAUAUUUUUCAGUGUUGAAGAUUGGCUCAACACCAUCUCGUAUGUCGCCACUUUCGGCGCCAACUUCGCAAGCAGCUUAGCCAGUAUCCACCAUUAAUCCACCAUCAGCAGACACUUUACCAGGAAGAAGAUCUGAUGCCGUAAUUGAAGCGAUUGCGCAAUCGGCGUUGAAAAAUCAAAUCAGGACGUGAUAUAUCUUUGACGGCCGCUUCGAGUUUCCCUUUCUCUUGGCAGAGAGUCUCUUUUCUUUUUCUCCAUCAAAACAGGUUCCAUCAUGGAGAUCAAUUCCGUGACGAGCAAGCCGGCGCGGCAGCAGGACCCAGAUGCCAUUCAAGAUGUUGAAAAGACGGGUCACGACGACAACGCAGACGGCGCCAGCUUCAAGCAAAUGCCGCAGCUCAACGUUGGAGGACACGGCGCAACUCAACGCCGGCUUCGAAACUACCAGGUGACGAUGAUUGGCUUCUGCAGUGGCAUUGGCACCGGUCUCUUCGUCGGCACGGGAGCUGCGUACUCCAAUGCCGGACCGGCUGGUUUAUUCUUAGCAUACGCUGUGGUGGGAGCCGUUCUCUGGUGCGUUAUGCAGAGCAUCUCUGAGCUGGCCACGGUAAUUCCCACGGCUGGUUCGUUUCCUCACUGGGCUACCCGCUUUAUUGAUCCCUCGGUUGGCUUCUCUCUGGCUAUCUCCUACGGUUACUGCUACACCAUCGCCAUCGCCUCCGAAGCGUCUGCUGCGGCCGUGUUAGUGUCCUACUGGUCAGACAUUUCGCCUGCCGUGGUCAUUAGCAUUUCCCUCGUCCUGAUUUUGGCCAUCAACCUCUGCAAUGUCCGAUUCUACGGAGAAACAGAAGUCGUCACCGGAGCCAUCAAGGUCAUCUGCUUUGUAGGCCUCGUCAUCGUCGCCAUUGUCAUCACCGCCGGCGGAGGUCCCAGCGGCGAGGCGAUUGGAUUCCGGUACUGGAACAACCCCGGCGCCUGGGUCGAGUACAAUGGAAUCAAGGGAUCGACUGGCCACUUCCUCGGCUUCCUCUCCGCCUUUGUCAAUGCGUCUUUCUCCUUUAUUGGUGUUGAGACUGUUGUCAUCAGUGCUGCAGAGUCGGUGGAUCCUCACCGCGCCAUCCCAAGAGCUGCUGGCCGUGUUACGUACCGCAUCGGCUUCUUCUACAUCCUCGGUGCCCUGCUGAUCGGACUUAUCGUCGACCCCCGCAACGCAGAUCUCGUUUCUGGCUCUGGCAACGCAAACAGUUCGCCCUGGGUUAUUGCCAUCAAGGAGGCUGGAAUCAGCGCCUUGCCUUCCAUCGUCAACGCGUGCAUUCUCAUCUCGGCUUGGUCUGCUGGCAACUCUUACUGCUGGGUCGGUUCUCGAAUGAUCGUGGCCAUGACUACGGACAGACAGCUUCCUCAGAUCUUUGGCCGCACGAACAAGAGCGGUGUGCCAUAUGUUGCAGUGAUUACUGCAUGGCUCUUCGGGCCUCUCGCCUACUUGAGUCUUGGAAGUGGUGGUGCGUCGCAGGCCUUCACCUGGCUGCUUAACCUCAGCACUGUUGCCGGCCUCAUCGCCUGGUCUACGCUGUGCUUCUGCUACAUCCGCUUCCACCGUGCACUCAAGGUCCAAGGUAUCAGCCGAGACUCUUUGCCUUGGAAGUCGCCUUUCCAACCCUAUACUGCCUGGUUCGGAUUCAUUGGCUCCGCCAUCAUCACUUUUGUUGCUGGAUUCCCGGUGUUCCUCAAGGGCAACUGGUCGACUGCCGACUUUAUCGCAUCUUACAUUGGAAUCCCCAUUUUCAUUGUGCCGAUUAUUGCUUGGAAGAUUGUUUACAAAACCAAGUUUGCUCGUGCUAAGACUAUUGACGUAUGGUCUGGUCGGUACUACGAAGAAGAAAAGGAAAAGGUCCCGAAGGAGCACAAUGGAGCUUCUCGAGUUGGCCGAAAGGUUUUGGACUGGGUGGUGUAAAAUAAUACUGUUUUCGGCCGUGGCGGUAAUACCUCUCGAUGGGAAUUGUUGGAACAACAGCCCUCAAUUAGAAUUAGACGAUACAUUUUUAGGAUAGAAAAAAGUCUUUACCUUUAG